AUGGAGUCUUCACGAAGGGGCUGGUCUCCUCGAUCGACGACUAUCGGCAUUACUUUGCUUACUUUACUUACACUUGUGAAUGCGCAACAACCAGUUCAAGUCAAGCUGGACGAUGGACCAUACUCUGGCCUGACAGCGAAUGGCGUCAACAAAUUCUUGGGCGUUCGGUAUGCGGCACCACCACAGCGCUUUGCACCAUCGGUGCCUGCUUCGAUGGCGCCUCACAACGACGUAAUGAACGCGACAGCCUUCGCUCCAUCCUGUAUUCAGGCUAUACCUGCUGCGAUUGCUGCCAUGAUGCCGUCCGGUCCUGAGAGCGAAGACUGCUUGUUCGUCAAUGUCUACGCACCUUCUUCUCCGCCACCCGCCGAAGGAAGAACUGUCAUGGUGUGGUACUAUGGUGGGGGCUUUCAGUUUGGUUCUGCCAACACACCGAUGUUCGAUGGCUCGAGCUUUGCACAGAAUCAAGACGUGAUCGUCAAACUAGCGCUUCAAUGGGUUCAGCGUAAUAUCAAAGCCUUCGGUGGUGACCCAAAUAAGGUGACUUUGUUCGGGGAGUCAGCUGGUGGCUCAUCAGUCGACCUCUUACUACUCACGAGCGGUGCCCAGCCCCCGUUCCGUGCGGUGAUCACCGAGUCUGGAACCGCAUAUCUCGUAACUGGACCCCAGGCAGGCGGAGAUAUCGUCGGACUCAUGACCGGCCUCUUGGGCAGACCAAACAUGACAACUCCAUUUCAAACUCUUGCAGCUUCGCUCAAUUGCGGCAGCCAGAAGGCGCUUGAUUGCGUUAGAGCAGCCCCGGUCGACGCCCUGGUGUCCGUACUCUCAAAAGGUCCCUUCAACUUCCCACCUGUAGCCGACGGAGACGCAAACGUACCGACCUCACCUGAUGCUACACGGGCUUCCGGCAAGGUUUCCAAGAUACCCAUGAUGAUAGGAACGAACCUCAGAGAAGCCGACAUUUUCACGAUGGGUCAGCCACCAACCGCGUUGGAUGCCUUCGUCGCUGCAACAUUCCCCAGCGACGAUGCGUUGCAAAAAGCUGUGAUUGCUGGAUAUCCAGUCGGAGCCGGAAUGCCUUUCCCGACUCCCAAGGAUGCAAUCACACAAUUUGCCACGGACUUGGAUUGGAGCUGCAGCAUUGCGCAUGAAGCUCGUCUCUCGGCCCAAGCCGGGAUGCCGACUUGGAGAUACCUCUUCAACUCCACCUCGUUCCCACCAACGCCCGGAGGUAUCCUGUCUCGCCCGGUACACGGCUCUGAGAUCAGCUUCGUCUUUGGCAACCUCCCGCCGCCGCCGGCGACGCCCGACCAAGCUCUUGCCUUGAGCAAGUUCAUGCAGACAGCGUGGGCCAACUUUGCCAAGAACCCUGCCAAUGGACCUGGUGUGCCUGCCUGGACGCAAUUUUCUGGCAAGCCUGGUGCGAUGGACCUGGGGAACUUGGGUGGUAUUGUCGGGGACGGAGUAUCUAUGACAGAUUCAAAUGUGAUCGACAGUCGUUGCAAUCUUUUUGAUGCGUCAUACGCUAGGAAAGUGUAG